AUGACAAAUUUUCAUCCAGAGCAAUUCUUUCUGUUCUCAUGGGAUAUUCGUCCACUCAAAAAAGGGUAUAUUCUAUAUGAUCUUUCCUCGAAAACAUUCCUAGUCAACAGGAAUGCUACAUUUCAGGAAGACAUAUAUCAUUUCAAGCAUAUAAAGCAAAUCAUUAAUCUUGUGUUUCUUGUGUUGGAGUUUAUUCCUGAUGCUAUUGACAACUUAGUUCAUCCUCUCACAGUUCCUCCAAGUGUGAGACAGUCCCCACCAAAAACUUCAGUAGAUGUCAAUGAAGAUGAUCACUGUCAUGUUCGAAAUACAACUGAAGUUCCAACUACAAGUGAAAAUACUGUAGUUGAUCCUCUGAGUUCACAUAAACUUAGAAAAUUUUCUAGAAGUAACAGACCACCUAUAUGGCUACAGUACUAUGUGGUUCACUCAAAAGGAUCCAAAUGUGCCUAUCCAAUCUCAGCUCAUGUAUCCUACUCACACGUAUCUCCAUCUUACAGUCAAGUCUUAUCAGCUUACUCUAUAUGCACUGAACCUCAAACAUUCUUAGAGGCAGACAGAAAUCCUCAGUGGGUUGAAACUAUGAAAUUGGAGAUAGCAACUUUAGAGUAUAACCACACCUGGAGUGUUAUGGAUCUGCCUCCUGGAAAGAAACUUAUUGGUUGCAGGUGGAUAUUCAAGAUCACGCAUAAGGCAUCUGGGGAGAUAGAGAGAUUCAAGGCAACAUUAGUAGCCAAAGGCUAUAGUCAAAGGGAAGGCUUAGACUACAGUAAAACCUUCUCACCAGUAGCUAAGAUGGUCACAGUUAGGUCCAUUAUUGUACUUGCAGCUUCAAAACAAUGA